AUGCAAACAUCGGCCGACCUCGGUGGCUCUGCUGCAGUCAAACAUGGAUUGGACCUCUUAGCACAGGACAUCCAGCAAAAUGACCUCAAUGACGUUCAGCGUAAGGACAUCUUCGGCCAAUUAAAGGUGCUUGGCCGCGAUGUCAAUAAUGUCAAGAAUCUCUACGACGAGUCUGCUGUGAAGAUUCUAGGCCAUUUCGGCUUCGGAAAGUACACGAGAGACGUUGCUCGUGAGGCAUUACGCUGCUUGGCGAACGCCCUGAUACUCAUCCCUUCGACGCAGGAUGCAUUCGAUGCGUGUGGAUUCAUACCCAAGGCUGCCGAGCUCCUCUCAAAUUCAGAUGAUGAUGACGAAUUCCUGGCUUCGCGAAUGCUGUUUCUGAUGACCUACAAUGCGUCCGCUAAUGUCCCGAAAUUCGUUGUCGAAGGCGAGUUGCCCUCAAAGAUGCAGGUCCACUUUGAGCGCCAUAUCACAGCAGGCGAACCCCUUGUUGGCGCAGGAAUAACAUCAAUGGCCCUUUCAGAGACACUGAAAUUGCUGUUCAACCUGGUCAGCUUUGCUCCACAGCAGGUCAAUGAAUUUAUGCCAGCCAUGCGUCCAUUGUUUCAAAUACUCAGCACAGCGAAAAUCCCGUCGCCUCCAUUGCAGCCACCGAUUACAUACCUCCUGAAUGCUCUUGCUUGUCUGGAGAUCGACGAGAAGACAGAAACGACCGACGGCAGGCAGUGGUUCUCGAAUGAUACUAUUCUGGAGUCGAGCAUAAAUAAGUUUGUGGAGAUCUUGGAUCAGAGCUUGAAAUCUUAUCCACAAAACACACUUGACACGCAAUUAAUCUCGCUUUUGACUAUACUACGCAGGAUGAAUGCGUUUGCCAGCAACAACAUCAGGCAAAAGCUAAAGGCCGAGCUGUUACCAAAGGACAACGAACGUAGUCUGCCUCUCGGCCAGUCUGGAACUCUGGCGUCGCGCCUUCUCAAAUUGACGACAGCUCCGGGGCUUGUUCAUUUGCCCGAGGCGGUGUCAUCUCUGCUUUUUGAGCUAUCAGACAAGGAUGCUCACACAUUCGUGAAGAACGUCGGUUAUGGUUACGCUGCGGGCUACUUAAUGACGCACAAGAUACCAAUACCGGAGAAUGCUCAACAAUCAUCUUCAACCGAGGGAGAAGUUCCAGUGAAUCCGGUUACAGGGCAGCGCUUGGACAAAGAGCCUGAUGUGGAAAUGCCAGAAAUGACGCAAGAAGAGAAGGAGCGCGAGGCCGAGCGGUUAUAUGUGCUCUUCGAAAGGCUCAAAGCCACAGGGGUUGUGGAUGUGAAAAACCCAGUCGAGCAGGCUAAAGAGGAAGGUCGCUUCGAGGAAGUGGACGACUAA